CGUCAACACUUGGGUUCUUUAUUCAAAAAUCAUAACAAGACUCACAAUGCCAUUCAUCGUUGAUAUUCACACCCAUGUCUAUCCUCAAUCCUACCUGGGCAUGCUCCGGGCCCGGAAAACCGUCCCCUACAUCCACGAUCCCUCGACGCCCGACGCUCCCCCGCGCCUUAUCAUUCUCUCCUCUGAUGAUGAUCCGUCGAUUCCUCUCGACCGGCGUGGUCGGCCAGUUGACUCUUCAUACUCCGAUAUCAACGCGAAGUUGGAGUUUAUGCGCCGGCAUGGGAUUAAUGUUAGCGUAAUUUCUCUCGCGAAUCCAUGGUUGGAUUUCCUCGAGCCCGAUCAAGCGCGGACUUGGGCUGAGCGGAUUAAUGAUGAUCUUGAUGUGAUGUGUGCAAAUGUCAAUAAAGAAAGUAAAGAAAAACUCUUCGCUUUUGGGGCACUUCCAUUAAGCGCUCCCAGCGCAGACAUUGUCGUCGGUGAGGUUGAAAGAUUAAAGACACUCCCACAUCUCCGGGGCGUCAUCAUGGGAACAUCAGGACUGGGAAGUGGCCUCGACGAUGAAAAGUUAGACCCCAUUUGGAACGCAUUGCAAAACACAGAUACCCUUCUUUUCUUGCAUCCCCACUACGGCCUCCCAGACGAGGCCUUCGGGGGGGCCGACACUAUUAAUCGGUACGGCCAUGUCCUUCCCCUCGCUUUAGGGUUUCCACUUGAAACCACUAUCGCCGUCACCCGGAUGCUGCUCGGAGGUGUAUUCGAUCGCUUUCCCAUGUUGAAGAUCCUACUUGCGCAUUCUGGAGGAACGCUUCCUUUCCUUGCUGGGCGGAUUGAGAGCUGUAUUCAGCAUGAGCGGAGAUUUGUUGGGAACGGUGGCGAUUUACCCGGGCCGCAAAGAAGUGUGUGGGAUGUUCUCAAUACGAAUAUUUAUCUUGAUGCUGUGGUGUAUGGCACGGCUGGGUUGAAGGCGGCUGUUGCGGCUAGUGGGAAGGAUCGUUUGUUAUUUGGAACCGAUCAUCCAUUCUUCCCUCCGCUUGAUUGCAAAGAGAAAGAGGUGUGGCCGAGCGUGGCAACGAACUAUGAAGCAAUUCAGGACGCGUUUGAUGCGGACGCUAAUGAUAUUGCCGCUGUUUUGGGAGGGAACGCAGCUCGUAUUCUGAAAAUAAACUAGGUAUAAAUUUAACCUGUGCUUCUCGUAGCCCUUUCACACAUUAGUGUAUAGGGACUGGGCAUGUAGGUGAAUCAUCAGAUCGUGAACAGAUUCAAUCACAUAAAUGGAAAUACAAAUAUAAGUAACAAAUGAGACAAACAGUCUAGGCCU